CCGGCAACCGCUGCGGGGAUAAAGCACAGGGCAAGGGGCCGCCUCUCCGCGCUCGGGAAGACACGGCCCCCAACGAUCCGUUCCUUCCUGCCCCAGCCCGGUCCACGGUCACCAAGGGGACGAGACAACCAUCUACAGCCAGACUAACAAACUGUCUGGGCUCCAGAUCAAUCUGAGCAGCCUAGCCUUUGGACGCAUGCGCACCAGCUCCGCCGCCCCCCGAACUACGCUUCCCAGAAGGCGCAGCGGAGAGGCACUAGUGCCUGACUUAACUUCCGGGCCCUAUGCCUUUGACAGUCGGAUCUGUACUGCACACGGUCCCUGAGUCCAAGCACCAGUCAAGAUCCUGCCCUGGAGGUGAGGCAGGGCCUCUGGACCUCGGGGCCAGAAGGGAGGGAUCCCUGACGGGCCGCCCGGACGCUAGGUGCCCGCCGAGCUAGGACCGGCAGAAGAGGCCCCUGCCGAAAGAACAGAGACGAAGCCAUGGCGCCUGGGCCCCCUGGAGCCGGGGCCCGUCAGGGGACGCUGACAUUCCAGGACGUGGCUGUGAUCUUCUCCCCCGGGGAGUGGAGGCUCCUGGGCCGGGCCCAGAGGGAGCUGUACCGGGAGGUGAUGCUGGAGAACUACUGGACCCUGGCGUGGCUGGCAGGCUUUGUGGGUGCCCAGCCAGAGGUGAUCUCUCAUCUGGAGCAAGCGGACAUGCCUUGGGUGCCUGAGGACUCAUUUCCAAGCAGCAACCACACAGAUUUGGACACCAAACUUCAAAUCAAAACGUCAACUCCACAGCAUGGCCUUACUGUGGAAGAAUUCUCAGAGAAAAGACCCUUGAGUGAUGUUCCUUGGAUCUUAACAGUGGGGGGAGACUGGGAAUGUAAUUUGAAGUUAAAGGAGGAAUGGAGCAAAGAGGAUCAACAUUUAAGACGAGUAACAAUCACUAAAAGGAAAUCCCCCAAAGAAAUGAGUGUCCAUGAAUACAAAAAUGAUAGAAGCUCUAAUCUAGAGCCACGAAAGCAAUUUUUUGUAGGAAAGAAUCUUCUGCAUAAAUAUGACAGACAGAGAAAGAGCUUCAGAAAAUAUUCAGCUAUAAAACAAUCGAAUAGAACCUGUUUAAAGAAAAUAUUGUCUCAUGACAAUAAAUGUCAGAAAUCCUUUAGCUAUAAUUUUGACUGUACUGAAAAACGUAGAGUACAUGCUAGAAAGAAACUUUAUGAUUGUAAUGAAUGUGGGAAGACUUUUCUUCAGAACACUGAACUUGCUCUGCACCAGAGAAUUCACAGAGGAGAAAAACUUUACCAAUGUUCUGAAUGUGGAAAGGUUUUCCAACAGAAUUCAUAUCUUAGGAAACAUCAGAAAAUUCAUAGUGCAGAGAAACCCUAUGAAUGUGGUGAAUGUGGGAAGGCCUUUCAUUGGAGAUCACAACUCACUGAACAUCAAAGAAUUCAUACUGGGGAGAAACCUUAUGUAUGUAACAAAUGUGGGAAGGCUUUCCUUAGGGGCUAUGAAAUUAUUCGACACCAGAGAGUACAUAUUGGAGAAAAAACUUAUGAAUGCCAUGAAUGUGGGAAGGUGUUUCGCCGGACUUCCUGUUUUCAAAAACAUCAGAGACGUCAUACUGAAGAGAAAGUAUAUAAAUGCAAUGAAUGUGGGAAAACCUUCCAUUGUAAUUCAUACCUAAAUGAGCAUAAGAGAAUUCAUUCUAGAGAGAAACCUUAUGUAUGUAAUGAUUGUGGGAAGGCUUUCCUCCGGGCCACUGAACUAAUGAGACAUCAGAGAAGACAUGCUAGGGGAAAACAUUAUGAAUGCAAUGAUUGUGGAAAGGUCUUCCAGCAGAAUUCAUACCUUCGAAGACAUCAGAGAAUUCAUACUGGAGAGAAACCUUAUGAAUGUACUGAAUGUGGGAAAGCCUUCCUACGGGCCACUGGACUUACUCGACACCAGAGGACACAUACUAGAGGAAAACCUUAUGAAUGCAAUGAGUGUGGGAAAACCUUCCAGCAAAAUUCAUACCUUAUAGUUCAUCAGAGAAUUCAUACUGGAGAGAAACCUUAUGAAUGUACUGAAUGCGGGAAGACCUUUGUCCGGAGCACUAAUCUUAGUCAGCAUCAAAGAACGCAUACUGGUGAGAAACCUUAUGAGUGCAAUGAAUGUGGGAAGGCUUUCCGCUGUAAAUCACACCUUAUUGACCAUCAAAGAAUCCAUACCAGAGAGAAACCUUAUGUCUGCAAUGAAUGUGGCAGGGCCUUUGUUUGCAGUUCUAAUCUUGGUCAUCACCAGAGAAUUCAUACUGGAGAGAAACCAUAUGAAUGUAAUGAAUGUAAAAAGGCCUUCUGUAAGAGAGCAGAUCUUACUCAGCACCAGAGAAGACAUACUGGAGAGAAACCUUAUGAAUGCAAUGAAUGUGGGAAAACCUUCAGCCAGAAUUCAUACCUUAGAAGACAUCAGAGAAUUCAUACUGGAGAGAAAUUUUAUGCAUGUAAUGAAUGUGGGAAGACCUUCCUCCAGUCUUCUGAACUUACUCAACACCAGAGAAUACAUAGUGAAGAGAAACUUUAUGAAUGCAAUUAAUGUGGGAAGUUCUUUAUUUAAAAGGCAAUACUUAUUCCACAUCAUAGACAUCGUACUUGUUAGAAAUCUCAUGUAUAUAAUUAAUGUGGGAACAUUUUUGUCCAGGGUCCUAAUAUUGGCACCAGAAAGUCAUACUUGAGAAUAAUGUAUGUGGAAGGCCUUUUGUCACAGAGUAGCUUUUAUUUAUGACCAUGGUAUUCAUCUGGAGAGAAACCUUAUGAGUAGUUUGAAUGUAGGAAUGCCGUCAGUCAGAAAAUAGAUCGAAAUAUGUACACCAUAGGAUUUAUACUGGAGAAAAAUCUUAUAAAUGAAAUGAAUUUGGAAA